GAGUAACCCGUAUCCUAAGUAACGAGACACAUUUUUUAUACGCCCGUUGGAUUUCGAGCACUUACUAUGAAACACGUACAUGUAGGUAACGCACGGGGAAAUGUCAACAAGUGCUUUAUUUAUAUCUUUCUCUGACCUCCUUCAUUAGUGGACGAGUAAUUGUGGUUUGUGUAUUGAAAGUUACGCUACAGUGAUUUUGUACCAAUGGUGUCGGAUUUCCAAAACAACCAUGCUUUUCUGGGCAUUCACAUUUUUAAGGAAAACGACUAUGGAUCCUGUAUGCUGACGUCACAGUAGAGAAAUGAGGGAUACUAUAGAGACAGCUUUCUUUCCUGUGGUUGCUAUUAUUUGUGCAUCAGGUAUCUAUGGCAUAUACAACACUCCGAUUUCUACGCCAGACCAAUACAGGUACCGUUUUCUCACUGAAUAUGGAAUACCAUCCCCAAACAGAACCGCCAUUACUUUUAAGGUGCGGGCCUGCAAUGAUGCUCACGUGACUCUGCGUCCUUCCGACAGAGAACCGCUAGAGAUAGUUCUUGGUGGAUGGGCUAACUCCAGGUCGUGCUUGCGAACAGAAAUCCAAGGACCGUGUUUGUCUGAAUACGUCGGUGAUAUUUUAGAUUGUGACGACUUCCGAACAUUCAACGUAUACUGGGGAAAUGGACGAAUUAAAGUAAGGAAAUCAACGAGUUUCUGUGACGCACGGGAGGUCAUUUUGGACUUGCGUGUAAAUAACUCGCUGCCUGAUGUGGAAAUUGGGAUCUCUACGGGAUACGGAGCCUCAGGGGAAUGGAUCUUUGGAGCUGAUCGGAAACUUGCAUCAAGAAACAAGUCUAUCUUCACGCCAGGCAAAUACAAAUACCAGUACUUAGGCACUGAAGGAAUCUUUGACACAAAUGUUACGUCAAUCUGUUUCCAAGUGAAGGCGUGCAGAGAAGCUCAUGUAGUGCUGGAGUAUUCAGAUAAAGAACCUCUGGAGAUCAUUCUCGGCGGGUGGAGAAAUUCCCAGUCGUGUAUCCGUAGAAAAGCAAACGGGACGUGCUGGACUGAAUACACAGGGCGCAUUUUAGAUUGUGAAGAUUUUCGGAAGUUUGUAAUUAGUUGGAAAUUUAAGGAAAUUAGAGUUGGGCAAAUUGUUAAAGACGAAUCAGGUCCAACACUGGAGAAUAUUCUGAGCUUAGAGCUGAACGAGACAAUCAAUGUAGCAGACAUUGGAAUUUCAACUGGAUUAGGGACACCUGGAGUAUGGAUUUUUGAAGUCGAUUCGCAGCAACCAAACUCCCAACAUGGAUAUACACCAAAUUACGGCGCAAUUCUUGGGGUUACAUUCGGGAUACUGGGGGUUGUAGUGACAGUGACACUGGGCAUCAUCCUCUGGAGAAAGUUUCACAAGGUCCAAGUAAAGAAGGUAGACACACAGAUAGCAGAGGAAACGGAGAAUGAAGUUAACGCGUACGAAACUUUACAAACACUAGGAACACCAGAACAUAUGUACACCGCACCACUGCCUCAAGACAACUCCACCCUGGACUAUGAUUAUGUGAAGAUUAUCUGACAAAUGACUUUAUGUGUACCUUUGAAAGAGGAGAAUGUGCUUGAAAAUUAAUGGUUUGUUAUCAUGUUUAUUGACCCGAGUUAUUCUAGCGGUUCAGGUUUUCCAGUUUGUCGUUGUAUAUUUGUAAAUCAAUAUUCGGAACUGAAACCGCUUGAAGGAAAUUCGUUGUUACCUAAACAUUUGGUACAAGACAACGAACAGUGAUCAAUCUGAUAACUCCUAUAAUCAAUACUAAAUAGAGAGUUGGGCAAACACGGACCCCUGGACACACCAGAGGUGGGAUCAGGUGCCUAGGAGGAGUAACCAUCUCCUGUCGACCGUUCACACCCGCCGUGAGCUCUAUAAAAGGUGAAGAUAACGAAAAGUGAUAAUAUCGUAACUCCUAUAAGCAAUACAAAAUAGAGAUUUGGGCAAACACGGACCCCUGGAUAUAUCAGAGGUGGGAUUAGGUGCUGAGGAGGAGUUGGGUGAUUGUAUUAGAGACGGUAUAAUAAUAAUAAUAAAGCCUUUAUUUAUCCAGGAUUACAUAUUUAGCGAUAUCGCUAGUUUUCAAUAUGGUCCUGCACGGUUGGAAUUUGCUUCUUCUGUUCGUUUACAAAAUUUAUUAUGCGAGACACCAAGGACUGAAUGCAAAGAAAAUGAAAUUUACAGUCAAUCGUUAUGCACCAUCCUACUUACGAAAUUAUUGAGUGGAUGGAAAUCACGUCAAUAUGAAUUCGAGCAGCGAGAUCAGGAAGCACCCACUAAUACUUGUAGGACCUAGACAUAUCGUGAGUAAAGUGAAUUUAAUAACAAUACAUACAGCAAUCAAUGUUCGUACUGAAAAAAGUGCAUCGCAGUUCACGAGUAAAAAACCCAUCACUGUCACAAAAACGUUUAUCGCAGUUCAGUAGUAAAAAUAAACACACCACUAUCACAGAAACGUGCGUCGCAGUUCAGUAGUAAAAAAACACCACUGUCACAAACGUGCGUCGCAGUUCCAGUAGUAAAAAACACACCAAUGGCACAAACGUGCGUCGCAGUUCAGUAGUAAAAAUACACACCACUGUCACAAAAACGUUUAUCGCAGUUCAGUAGUAAAAAACAAACCACUGCCACAAAAACGUGCAUCACAGUUCUCUAGUAAAAAGCAAUCACUGUCAUAAAAAAGUGUAUAGCAAUUCACUAGUAAAAAAACCCAUCACUGUCACAAAAAAGUGUAUAGCAGUUCACUAGUAAAAACACCAUCACUGUCACACAAAAAUGUAUCGCAGUUCACUAGUAAACACAACCCACCAUUCUUACAAAAAAGGGCAUUGCAGUUCACUGGUAAAAAAGGUCACUGUCACAAACUAUUGCAGAUUAUAAAUUCAGUCAGCUUUUAUAGUACAACUAGUGCAGAACCUUUCUUUCAAUAGCUACUUCAUCUUAUGCGGGUGUGACCGGUCGACAGGGGAUGCUUACUCCUCCUAGGCACCUGAUCCCACCUCUGGUGUGUCCAGGGUCCGUGUUUGCCCAACUAUCUAUUUUGCUUGUGGGAUUUAUGAGAUUGAUCACUGUUCGUUAUCUUCGCCUUUCUUUUAUCGAUUCUGAUAUUUUUGCAUAUGGUGCACUCAGAGAAAAGAGGGCAACAUGAUUCUCAUAUAAACUAUGUCUGAAUGUCAUGCACAUUAUCAUUUUGUUUUACAAGAAGCUCGCAGGACUUAUCGGUUACCCGAAUAUGAGUCAACAGUAACUAGCCCUCAGGACUGUGAAGUCUAUAAUAAAUUUCCUGUGAUGUAUAUACAUGUAUAAGGUUAAUUCUAAUGUUCAACAGCAAUAUUAAACAAAAUGUCCCCGUAAUUGUCCAUACUAAGGAAAAGACUUAACAUAAUUCAAUAUAUGUUAUAUUAACACUAUGUGACUAUUUUGAACCCACCCUAGAUUCAGAAACCUUGGGCAGCGAAAUGCACAAUUUUGGUACAUGUAUAUCCCUUUCUGCUUCUCGUAAAUAUGUACAGCAUCAACGAAAUUCAAAAGGAAAUCUUUCAAAUGAUUAGGACAAUGGUCACUAUAAUUAUGAUCCCACCCUGGAACCAAAAGCACCUACUCCUGGGAUCAUAAAAAGCACAAAGGCUACAUUCCUCUAAAUUUCUAUUUAGCUUUAAUUUACUAUCAAUAGCAUUAUUAAAGAUGCCAUUAAAAUAGGUUACAUAUAAACACUGUUUUACGAAGUUUAACCCAGCCCUGUAGUUAGAAUCUCAACCCCGGGGAUUUCUAGUAGAGAAAUUCCUGCUCAAUGACUCAUACAGGAUACCUGGAAUUGACAAUUUAUGUCACCCCCCCCCCCCUUGUCUCAUCAUGCUUUAUACCAAUUUGAAAAGAAUGGGGAUGAUAGUUAAGAAGUUAAUGACCUAAAAGCUUUAUUGUUCCUUCAUUUUGUCAUAAAUAUGCCAUUUCCAUGCAACUACUGCACGACUAUCACAUGAUUAAUGGUAAAAAAAUAUCACAUAUAUGAUAAAAUAUCAUACGAAAAAAAGACCAUUACAUGAAUUUCGCAUGGAUAUAGUGCAAAUGAAUUAGCAUGAUAUUUUCAUGUGAUUUUUCGUAUGAUUAUGAUGGAAGACUUGCAAGGUUUUCGAACAAAAAUUGAAUAUGCAUGAAAAUCAUGUGUCACGUGCCCCUAUGUUUUCUAAAUGGAAGGUGCAUUGUUGGUAUAUUUGGUAAAUACACCUUCAUCAAUGUUCAUGUCGGAAGUAUUGUUAACAAUCUCUUAUAAAGUAUCUGAAUAUUUCCAUAAAUCUGUUGUAUUCAAUUUCAAUGUUUGUGUCAGUGUGUAUCUCAAUAUUUUCUACUUUUUUGGAAUUGUAUCCGACUUCUUUUGCACCAAUGGGUAGAUCAUUUUUACACACUGAUUUUGACGACGGAUCACUCUGUUUAUUUGAUCAAGAUAUAGGACUCACAACGGGUGACUGGUCGACAGGGGAUGCUUACUCCUCCUAGGCAACUGAUCCCACCUCUGGUGUGUCCAUGAGUCCGUGGUUGUCCUUCUUUUAAUUUUUAUAUUUUCUAUGGGAUUUAUGCGCAUCUGGUGCAUCAAAUUGGUACCGUAUAAGUUUUAAAUAAAAUUGACAUACUGAUUUUGACUACGGAUUAUUCAUAGUGGGUGUGACCAGUCAAUGAGGGACGUGUACUUUUCCAGACCCCUGAUCACACCUUUGGUGUGUUCAGUGAUUCGUGUUUGUCCUACUCUUAAUUUGAUUUUGUUUUUGAGAUUGAUCAAUAUUCGUUGUCUUCGCUUCUCCAUUGAUCGUUGUUCGUUAUGUUUACUUUUCUAUUGAUCAUUGUUCGUUAUGUCCACUUUUCCCUUGAUCAUUGUUCGUUAUGUCAACUUUUCAUUUGAAUAUUUGUAGUAAAACUCUAGUAUUGUGUCUGAGUGUUUUCUAUAAUUCAGCUUUGAUGCAUUUUAAUGUUUGCGUAAGUUUGUUAUAUUGUAUUCGGAUGUUUUUUAAAACCUAUUUUAUUUCAUUGAAUGUGAAUGUUUGUACAUUUCUGUUUCAUUGCUUAGGUAAUUUUAGGGAUUAAUACUAGUCCCCUUGAUAAAAUACCUCGACUGGGUCCACUCGGUGACCUGACCGCGACCGCUGUGCGACCACAGGCAAGUCAGGUCAUAUAUACUAGCGAAAAAAAGAAACUGCAUUAUUUAAUAUAUGAAAAAAUAAUAAAAAAAGACAAUGAACAAAUCUGACAUUUUGUAAUACAGUUAACAAAUGUAUUCGUUACAACAUUUCAUAAUUCAUUAAUGUUAACAUCGAAUAACAUCAAUUUCAACACCCUCGAAAAAUACUGGUAUUCAAACUUGAAUUAACAAAGUUAAUAAUGUGUGUGACCACCAUUUGCAUUCACGCAUGCUUGACAACUGCGCCUCAUUGAUGCCACUAAAAUGCUCAGAAAUGCUUGAGGGAUGUUGUUCCAGAUGUUGUUUAAAGCCUGGCCCAAAUCAGCCAAUGUAACUGGCUGAUUUGGUAAACAGCGCGGACGUCAUUCCAUUUCAUCUCAGACAUGCUCGAUCGGCGAUAAAUCGGGGGAAACAGCUGGCCAAGGCAGGGCAUCGACAAUUUGUUGAACAAAAAAGUCAAUGACUACACGUGCAACACGUGGCCUUGCGUUGUCUUGCUGCAUAGUGAUGUGAUUUUGUUGUCUCUGUAUGAAGGGUAUCACAUGGCGCUGACGAAUGUUGUCUCGAUAGCGUACGCCGGUGAGAUUUCCAUUGACAAUUUGUAGAGGGGUCCUUCCACGUGUUGUUAGUCCACCCCACACCAUAACGCUACCUCCACCGAAAUGUCGACGUUGCACAACACAAGCGUCCUGAUACCGUUCCUCAACGCGACGAUACACUCUACAACGGCCUUCACUGCUAUCCAAAUAAGAUGGGGAUUCAUCAGUAAACAGAAUAUUGGCCCAGUCCUGUAUUCUGAAUUGCAGAUGUCGUCUGCACCACGCUAGUCUAGCGAUACGAUGACGUUGAAGCAGUAUUGGACGCACCGCUGGACAUCUUUGUCUGAUGUUGUGCUCGCGCAGACGAUUACGCAAAGUUCUUGGACUGAUUGGUCUAAGUCCAGGAAUGCUACGAGCAGUCAAACUUGCUGUUUUGAAACGAUUUCUCAGGUGCACAAGUCUGAUGUGGUUGUCUUGUCUACGCAACGUCACACGAGGAUGCCCAGAACGUGGUCGAUCCCGAGUGUUACCAGAUGGUCGGAAACGUCUCCAUAAUGACUGGAUGGUGUUCCGAUGAACUUCAAUGUGUCUUGCUACGAUAUGUUGUGCCAUUUCAGCUUGAAGCAUCCCAACAGCAUGAUUACGUUGGUUUUCGCUGAGUCGUCGCGUGACAGAAAGGUAAAUUUUGUCAAAACUAAAGUGCUUUCCUUAACGAAUAAUGUCCAAACAAACCUUUUACACUUCUUACUCCAAACAGUAUUGGCCAGUAAAAAUCGUGCAUACGAACACUUCAAUAAACAACAUGUGUUCACUAACCAUGAAAGAGUACGUGUAUCUGAGUCGGGUACUAUCCGAUAUUGUUAAAAAAAACAUCACCUUUAUCGACUGAAUAUAUUUUAUAAAUAGAAACAAUAAAUAUAGAAAGAUUAUACUAAAUUUUAUAAUACACAGUUUCUUUUUUCCGCUAGUAUAUUAUCAUUUAAAGUAAUUCCACCCUCCUGUGAUGAUUAAUUUAGAUUUAUGCAUGAUAGGAUCAUACAUUUUGUUGGAGUCUUUUCCGAUAGGUAUUGUAAAAAAUCUUGUUAAAAAUAAACUAUUCCAAAAGUCUAAGUUAUAGAUGAAUAAUCAAUGAUACAUUUUAAAAUAUUGAAUCUAAGGGCAAUAACUCUGUUUUUAUUGAUUUCUCUAUCAAGUCUACAAUGGGAUAUAUUUCCUUUAUUUUUUACAGCUAUUUUUGUAUAUUUUUGUGAAGAUACAGUUUCAUGAAAUUCUUAUGAAUGCUAUCAUAUCGUCUUAACCAGUUGUAUGAAAUUUUAAUAACGCUGUUUAAGGAAAAAUGCAAGUUCUGACGGUGAUAUAUGAUUCUGUUUAUGUACGUCUCACAUCUUAAAAAGUGUGAUGACCUAUGUAUCGUAUUUGAUAAUUUGUUAGGUUUAACUCUAAUGAAUGGAAAUAAAUACACCUUUUAAACUUGUAUCAGAUAAAACUGCGAGUAUGGAGUUACCUUAACUUUCAGAAAUACACAUUGUUUGUCUAGUCAUAUCAGAUUUGUUGAACCAAAUCUUUAUAGUAAACACUGUCACUAUUUGAACGCAGAAACUAAGGUAGUGCAUAUUAUGAAUUCCUUGAUGUUUUUAAUGCAGCCAUACUAAAGCCCACUUCAAUAUGACUGUUUACUUUACAUAUGAUACUGUUUACACACUUCAUUUAAAGACCACAGUGAGUGUAUCGUAUCUAUCUUGUUUGUACUGAUGCCGGACACAGAUGAAAAUUGAACGUCUUGAUAUCACGAUAAUUACAUACCUCGAACGGUUUUAUACAGAAAAAAAUAUCAUAUCGUAGGCUUUAACGGGCCUUAAACCGUUUAAUUCUUCCUUCAUUCACAGCGAGGACCUUCAAUCACAUAUCUUUUCGGUUAGCAGAGAACCUUUGGCAAUUAAUACAAAUGAUGAAUGCACAACAAGCGAAUUCCGGAAAUACUUACAAGUCAUUGCAUGUGUCAGACUAUGAAGCUAGAAUAUAGACACACAAUGUGUUUCAUAAUAUUUCCAGUACAUGUAUUAACAAUAAUAACACUAAUAAUGCAUUAACAUACACUUCAAAUAUCGCAUAAACUUAUUUCAAAGUAGAUAUUUGACGCUGUAUGGAAUAUGCAUAAAAUCCAUAUCGAACCUUCACAGAGGACGUGAUAUUUUGCUACAAUAAUUAUAUUUCAAACAAAUUAUGCAUUUUUCGUUACAAUUUUGAAAUAAAGAAACAUGCAAUUUU